AUGCGCAUGUACCAUCGAGGAGAAAUCCCGCCAAUGGACGGUGAUAGGUCCCAAGGAAAAAGCUUCCCGCCGAAACCACCAAAAUCUGGGCAGCAGGAGAAGCGCGGACGACAACCCCGUCCGAGGAAGGAUGCAGAAAAGGCGGAAGCCCCUUGGGAAAAGGAAUCGCUCCUGGAUAACGACGAUUCCAUAUCGGCGAUCAAGGAAUACGAACGAAAGGCCGUCGCGGCACAACGCUACCCGUAUAUCCAUAAAGGGAUCCCUACCAUCUCCUUCACGGAUAAGGAUGCGAGCGGGCUGGACAUCCCUCACCUUGACCCACUCGUAAUCACUCUACAGAUCCACGACUGUGACGUCGCGAAGGUCCUGGUUGAUACCGGGAGCACGGUGAACCUCAUCUUUCUGGAAACACUGAACCGCAUGGGGUGGAGGAAGGAUCUAUCAAACCUACAUCCCGUCCCCUCACCGGUUUCACCGCCGAGCAUGUUUACAGCUGUGGCACAGUCCGGCUCCCCGUUUAUGUCGGCGGAAUUUCAAAGCUCUUGA